CACACAGCAUCCCUCCUGCUCCUCUCUCAGUCUCUCUCGGAUCCCCUCCCUCAGUCAGCGACAGCUACUCGGCGCGGCGCAGCUCGCACUCGGAGCCCGUCCAUCCCCCAGGCAGACUGGAGCGCGGAGCUGCUGGUAUCACUGCAGUGGGAAAGAGGCACUCGCUCUUGAUCUCUAUUCAUUGCAACAUGGACAGAGAAGCUGAACUUCACGGGGCCGCGUGAUGGUUUCCUGCCGCUGAAAGAAAAGAACUGGCUUGGAAUGAGUCUCCGAGAGCCGUAGCUGUCAAGACCCUCCGGGACUGACAGAGUGACAUUUCCAUGACAGGAGGUUGUCUAAGGAGACUGUCUGAUUGAUUUGUGACACCCGGGGAAAGUCAGAUAAAAGUCAUAUUCCCAUCGUGGAGAGUCCAGAAGAAAAGUGCUGAUCGGAUUUGCUGUGCAGCUGUAGACCUAUGGCACCAUGGGAGGGGGCGGUUGAACAGAAGCAGAAGGAGAGAAGAGAAUGAGGGAAACAAGAGAGCCUUUCCUUGUCCCGCGGUACUGUGCUUGCAGUGUGUACUCUGUAACAUAAACUGACAACCAACUGCUCUGUGAUGUGUGCCAGAACCUUGCUCCUGUUGGCCACCCUUUUCCUGUGGGAGGGCUUUAGGGAGGGGGCCUCUCCCACCAAGGUUCUGAAGAGAAGAGGUCGAGGGGCUCGUGUGCCAACGACGGCCGAGAAGGUGCCAUUUGGCCAGUGGGAAUCAAGCUUUAAAAACGACGCUGUUCUGCCGCUGCAGAUCGAUGGUUUCAUCGAUCGUGGCCAGAGUCCCGGUGCAGACGCAACUUUUCCAACAGACGAUGCCCGAAACAGUUCGCUGAAUGAGUCCGCACCUAAAGGAACAGAUCGCAAUCUGAAUUUAACUCUUGUCGCGCCAGUUAGAAAAGCUGCGACCAAAAACGCUGACGUGUUCAAAGCCGGUCGGUUCGAUCACAAGGCGCACUUGCUUCACCACAAACCCGACCGCUCGUACCUCUCUAAUAAAACCAGAUUCAAAUCCCUGGUAAAAUCCAGAGGAAGCCCGGAUCCACCCGAGCCUACCUUGGUGGCGCAGGCAGGCAGACUCACUGCGGAUCGUGGAAAGAGAUUGAACUCGACCGAGAUAUUGGGAAUUACAUUUAAUCCCGAGGAAGUGGUAAUUACACCUCCGCAGAGAGCAGCAGUGUGGGAAGAGAAUGCUAAGAACAAAACAAGCAGAAGUUCAACCAGCAAACAGGGUGUGAUUCCACGGAACAGACGGCAGAAAUCGGUCAUGUGGGCGCCUGCCGGGCUCAGGAAGGACAGGGUCACGUCUAUGGCUGCGCUUGCUGUCGACAGCAAAGGUUUGUUCAAAGGUUCAAGUCAAAAGAGAAAUUCGGAUCACGGUGUCUACGCUGACAUCAAGUCGGCCGGCCAGAUUUCCCCGGGGUUUGGGAGCAGACAAGCAGAAGGUCAUUUUAUAAACACAGGCCGCUUUGGCUGGACCGGCCAGUCUGAGUCGUCUGAGUUUCCUAUGGAAGCAACACCUCAAACGGUCACGCCCACUUCAGGAGAAGAUUCGAGUGGUGCCGCAGGCUCCAAGCUUCAAAAGAAUGUUCCUCUGGAAAGGAGCUGGAGUGGAGCUGUAGAUCUUGGCGAGUCCAGAGCGCCUGUCCACCUGUCUGUGGAUCCCAGGAAAAGGGAUGUGCAUUCAGACAGAAGUCACACCCUGAGGCUCCAACCAGGUUCGGAUGUGGUAUUGGACCAGAGUGUUCACGCUGAGAAGGUGGGAAGCGGAGGUUCUGCGGAAUCCCGCUCGGACGGACAGGGCUUGGUGUUCCAGGUAGAGGACGGACAAGUCCAGGGAGCAGAGGAGACUCGCUCUCGCAGCAGGAGGAGCUGGAUCUGGAAUCAGUUCUUCGUCAUUGAAGAGUACAGCGGCCCUGAGCCUGUGCUCAUCGGAAGGCUGCGUACCGAUAUGGACAAAGGCGACGGACGCACCAGAUACGUGCUGAGGGGGGAGGGGGCGGGCUCCGUGUUUGUCAUCGACGAGAAGACCGGCAACAUCCAUGUCACCAAGCCUCUGGACCGCGAGGAGAAGGACGAGUACCGGCUGGUGGCCACGGCGACCGACCGGCAGACGGACCGCGCCCUCGAGCCCUCGUCCCAGUUCAUCAUCCGGGUGCAGGACAUCAACGACAACCCGCCGAUCUUCCAGGACGGGCCCUACGGCGCCACCAUUCCGGAGAUGGCCAACAUAGGCACGUCCAUCAUCCAGGUGACGGCGACGGACGCCGAUGACCCCACCUACGGAAACAGCGCCAAACUGGUGUACACUCUCACCCAGGGCCAGCAGUACUUCUCUGUGGACCCGCAGACCGGGAUCCUGCGCACUGCUGUGCCUGACAUGGACAGGGAGACCCAGGACCAGUAUCUGGUUGUCCUGCAGGCCAAGGACAUGGGGGGCCACCUGGGGGGGCUGUCCGGGACCACCACGGUCACCGUGAGGCUGAGCGACGUCAACGACAACCCUCCUCGCUUCACACACAGUUCCUGGUCGUUCUCCGUGUCCGAACUGGCUCUGCCGGGGGCCGAGGUGGGACGCCUCUCCGCCACGGAUGCGGACCUGGGCGAUAACGCCAAGAUGGAGUUCGGCAUCCUGGACGGCGAGGGCAGCGACACGUUCAACAUCACGGGGCUGGAGCACGAGGCCGUCAUCACUCUGAACAAGGCGGUGGAUUACGAGAGCCGCAGGUCCUACUCGUUUGCGGUGGAGGUGCUGAACCCCACGGUCGACCCGCGGUUUCUGCGCCGGGGGCCCUUUAAGGACCGGGCGUCCGUGCGGGUCACGGUGCUGGACGCCGACGAGCCGCCCCGCUUCUCGAGAGCACGCUACCUACUGGACGUGUACGAGAACUGCCCGCCGCCCUGCCCCGCCGGCCGGGUGGACGCCGUGGACCCCGACUCGGGCCUCAGCAGCAGCAUCCGAUUCUCCAUCGACCCGCAGUCUGACCCGGAGACGCUGUUCCGUAUCGCCCCCGACAGCGGACUCAUCACCACGGCGGCGGAGCUCGACCGCGAACACGAGCGGUGGCACAACAUCACAGUUAUCGCCACGCAGAGAGACAGUCCCACUCAGGUUUCCAGGGCUGUUGUUGCCAUAGAGACGCUUGAUGUCAAUGACAACGCCCCUGAGCUGGACAGACAGUACUCCGCCGUGCUGUGUGACUCGGCCGCCGUGGGACAGGUGGUCCAGGUGCUGCGGGCGGUCGAUAAGGACCGGGACGGCAACGACUCCGUGGUCCACUUCAGCAUCGCCCCGGAGUCCAGGGCCUCGCGCAACUUCUCCAUCAGGGAGAGCGGAGGGCCCACAGCCAGCCUGGUACUCCAGUCCCCCCUGCCGCCCCUGUCCCGCUCGCCCGCCUCCAUCCUCGCCCUGCAGGUGCCCCUGGUUCUGCGGGACGGGGACUCGAACCUCAGCAGCACCGGCACGCUCACUGUGUCCGUGUGUCCCUGCGUGACGGGUUCGGGAAAGGAGGCCACCUGCCUGCCUCUGCCCUCCGCCUCGCCGUCGCCGGGGCUCAGUACCGCCGCCCUGCUGGCCAUCCUGGCCUGUGUGGCCACGCUGCUGGCGGUCAGCGCUCUGUCGCUGUCGCUGCGCCGCCAGAAGCGGGACUCGCUGUCCCCCCUGGAGGAGGACGACGUGAGGGAGAACAUCAUCACCUACGACGACGAGGGCGGCGGAGAAGCCGACACGGCGGCCUUCGACAUCGCCGCCCUGCAGAGCGCCCCCCACAGCGCGCGCCGGGGAUACCGCACGCUCGACAGCAGGAACAUACGUUACACCCACCAGAACCAGGACCGGUGUCGGACGAGCCCUUGGGCCCAGAAUCCCGGUUUGGAUCCACACUUCCCGCUCCAAGAAGCCACGCUGUACGGCCGGCUCUUCUACAGCAGCCACACGCUGCCGGUCUUGCGGUCCGUACACGGUCCUUUUGAACCGGGACUCAGCUUCCCCGGUGCGCUGGACCCCUCGCUGGUCCUGCAGAACCAGGCCCUGGACAAACCUGGUACCAGCAAGGAGGGCUCUGAAGGGCAGGGUGUCACCGGGGGGUCCGACUGCAGCUCCAUGCAGACCGCCGAGUUCAAGGAGAACCACAGCUGCAGUGAUCCCAGUGAUGGCCAGCUGGACCAGGACAGGCCCUCCACCAUCUCCGAGGACCCCCACGCCGCAGAGGAGCGUAGCCCUCGCUGGCUCUCGUCUUCGCAGCCUGGCGCCGAACCCACACGCCCAGGUUCUGCCGCCACUGGCACCGAGUCGGCAGGCGACGGCCACCAGGGGGAGCCGUUCAACCCACCAGAGGGAACCCUGGACUUCGCGGGCCUGGAGCUCGGCAGCACUUUUGUGGGGCCACGGCCCGAGCUGGAGGGAGGGAUAUCGGUGACCGGGACUACUUGCAGCCUGUACCAAGAGGGGGUGGGGUUCAUAGCGGACUGGCGCAACCGCAUGGGGAUUGGGGGGUACGUCCUUGGGAGGAGGGAGAUGAUCCCCCAGCUGCUUCCUUUCGCAGGGCAGCUGGGAUACGCUGGGGGGCGGGGCCGGAGCAUGGAGGCGGGAGGGGGAGGAGCCAGCUCGCUGGCCCUCAAAGUGGGCGAGUUCCUGAGGCUGCGGCUGGCCCAGGUGACCUUCGACCCCUCCCUGCCCCCAUACGACUCGGUGCAGAUCUACGGCUUCGAGGGCGAGGGCUCCCGGGCGGGGUCUCUCAGCUCUCUGGGGAGCGAGGGGGACAAGGAGGCCGGCGGGGACUGGGGCGGUGGCCCCGCCCACUGGGGGCCCCAGUUCCAGAGGCUGGCGGAGCUCCUGCAGGGGAGGGAACGGGAGCCACCGGAGGAGAGAGAAGGGGAGAGGGAGCCCCCGGGGCUGACGGAGGAGAACGGCGAGGAGCCUGGGGAGAAGGAGAAGCCGGCGGAGUCGAGGAGGGACGGGGAAGGAGAGGAAGGAGCAUCGAUGGAGUAGCUGGGAGAAACGAAGGGGCUGUGAAAUGGGGCGGAGCAAAGAGGGGAGGGAGACGGGCAGAGAGACGCCGUGCACUUCCUGCGCCGCCUCCUUAGAGCUUCCGGAGCGGAGAAUUGGACACGGUGAGCAUGGCCUGCAAAGUUUGGACGUCCCAGCAGGGGGCGCCGCACUCUCACGUUGUCUUCGUACUGUGUGAGCGUGUGUCCUCGUGCAUGGAGGCAGAUCCGCACGUCACAUGGGUAUUGAUGGAGCCACAUGUGCACAGACACACGCUGACACACGCUGACACACACCGACACACACCGACACACACCUAUAACCUGACACACCUGUAAACAGAUACACAGAAGAGUCAGGCCGAGCGGGGGGUACAACCAGUGCAUGAUGGGAAGGAGCGAUGGAGGGCCUGUCGCGUGCCACCCUCCCCCUCCAUAACAGAGCAGUGAAUAAUUCAUCUCCCCGCUGCAGUCCGAGCAGCAGAUGAAACUUUUAAUUCCUGAAAAAUUGAUUCAUCUUCCUCAAAGCCGCAAUGUGGAAAAAUAGAAUUUAUGAAAAAUUGAAACGAUUAGUGACAUAUUAAUGUGCCCGAACCCCCCUCCCCGCCCCCUGGGUGGAAUAGCUGCAGGCCGAAGGCAGCGAUAAGAGCAGAUGCGAACGCACAGCAGCCAAUCAGAGCGCACUCGAGCACUUUAAUAAAGAUUUAAAAUAGGAAUAGUGUUUUUUUGCGGCUGCAGAUCGGACUCAAUGCGUCCAAUCGGGCCGAAACCAGAACCGUGCAGGAUGUCUCACCGCUCUUACGUAUUGAUACCGCGCAAGUCAGAGAGACGAGUGUGGGCGGUGUGGACCGGGUGCACACUGCCCCCUGGAGUAAUUCCUGCUCUUCUUAUUCGGUGCUGGGGGGGGGCUCUGCGGUGCUCAUGUGGGACAAGGUGGGCGGAGCUGUCCUCAGGGACACCUGUGUUCAUUAUCAGUUAUUACACUGAAAUUCUACUAAGAAAUCUGCUACGUUGGUUCACACUCUCCCUCUUUUCAUGUCACCAAAACAGCUCUGACACGACACGCCCCUUCCCAGACACAUCCACUGGAUGGACACGCCCCUUCCGAGACACACCUACUAGAUGGACACGCCCAUUCCCGCACACGCCCACUGGAUGAAUACAUCCCUUCCCAGACACACCAACUGACUGAACAUGGCCCUUCCCAGACACGCCCACUGGAUGGACACGCCCCUUCUCAGACACACCCACAAGCUGGACACGCCCCUUCUCAGACACACCCACAUGAUGGACACACCCCUUCCCAGAUAUACCAAGUGAAUGGACAGUGCCCCUUCCCAGACACGCCCACUGGAUGGACACGCCCCUUCCCAGACACACCCACAAAGUGGACACACCAAUACAGACUCGGUGCGAAUUGUGCAAAGUGUGUGUGGCAGAACCAGGUGAGAACAGGUACACAGAGAUGUAUACAAUCUGCGUACAGAACGAGCGUUUAGCACCACUGCUAAUGGUGUUCAUAUCAACAUGUCCAGUGUACAUAUCACUGAUCGCCAUCGCAUCUGUAAUUAUUAUUGAUAUUACACAAGAAAUGAAAUAUUGGCUCCUGAUUGGCUCCUGACCGAGGACUAUGGUCUCUCUGGCCUGAUGUUCUGCUUCGACCUGAGGACGGUGUACAGCUCUCACCUCGGUCCUCAGUUUUUGGCUGCGGUCGAUCCAGCGGCGAACUGCACCGAAGCCAGCGGAACCAGGACCUCUAUGUCAGUGUGUUGCCACGGUAACAGAACCCAUCACGGUGCACGCUGAGAACACGGCCGUCUUCAGAGCCGAGCGCGUGCUCUUCGAAGGAGGAUGAAAGCCGGCCACCAUGAAGGACGGACGCGCGGUCAGAGACUCGCAGAAUGGAACUGGAAUGGUGGCUGGACGUCCCCAAAUACACACACACACACACACACACACACACACACACACACACACACACACAGAUCCUC